CCUCGAUGGGGGAGAAGAGGGCAGAUGAGGUGUUUUCCGCUGAUGUUUGCACAGUGAACGGACAUGAAGCGUAUAUAUAUGAAGACAGAUGGUCAGACUGGAGGUUGUUGGUGGCACCUGAAGCCGGAUCACAAACACUUCAACAGGUAAUAUUCCAGCACAAACCAUCAUGGAAGCUGCCAUCUGCACCAUCGUCACCCAGUUCAAGGCGCAUGCUGGGAAAGACGGAUCAUCCAGCACUCUGAGCAAAGACGAAUUUCAGACCCUGGUGACCUCUGAACUAUCAAACUACGCCAAGAACAUGUCAGUCGACCAGCUCAUGGGCGAACUGGAUGAGAACAACGACGGCGAGCUGACUUUCUCAGAGUUCUGGAAGCUGAUUGGGACACUUGCCAGCAAACAGGGAGAAUUCCUUUAGUGAUUGUGCAACACCGUCUGACAAAAAAAAAAAAAAAGCAGUCACUAGCAGCAAACCCAGAUGCAUUGAAUUCUUGUAUCACCAGUA